AUGGCGACAGCGACCUACAGCCCCGAGUACCUGGCCGAGUCUAGGACAACGGUUCUAAAUAUAUUUUACUCUAUCCCUAUCCCGCUCGAGAUCUUCAGCACGGCUUUCAGGCUAUGGGUUAAAGCUAGACCUUCGUCACAAGGCCAUUUGGCUUUUGACGACUAUCUCAUGGUUUGGGCAACAAUGGUUGCCGUCGCAGAAUGUAUCGCUGGCCUGGUUUAUGGGGCUCCCAAUGGCCUUGGACGUCACAUACAAGCGGUACCACUGGAAUAUCGACAGAAAUUCCUAAUGGGCGAUUACAUCUUCAGCCAUUUCUACGACGUUGCCAUCGCUAGCACUAAGCUUUCGAUAUUAGCGCUAUACUACCGGAUAUUCGCGACAGACAGGUUUCGUAUUAUCGUUAUUAUCACUGCGAUUUUCGUGUUCAUGUGGCUUGUAGCCAUGGAAGUUGUCCUAGGUUUCGGGUGUCAACCUGUCCAAGGCUGGUGGGAUGCAUCAGUAGCGGCCACGGCUUCAUGCGUGAAUAAAGUCGCAUUCACAUAUUCUACCAACGUCACGAACCUAAUCACCGACUUAUGGAUAUUUGCGAUGCCGAUACCAAUCAUUUUCAAUUUACAAGCCAGCCUGAAUAAGAGACUAGCCCUAUGUUUCCUGUUUUCAAUUGGAUUGGGAACGUGCGCCCUCAGCGCUGCUCGUCUGUCUGUUGUCGUCUCAGUGGGGUCAGAUGAUAUUACGUGGAGAGAAGUUCCUUUGGGAAUCCUAUCGGCCUGGGAACCGUGCGGCGGUAUAUUGUGCGCGAACUUGCCUUUGAUAUACAGGGCCGUGGUCCGAGGCAUCAAACAGAUUCGUUCAACAGUUAGGACAUCCAGGACUCGUAGCCGGCAUAUUAGUACGCGACCCAACUCGCCAUAUCUCGAUUGGACCCGACUCCAUGACGGCGCUUCCAGCAACAAUUGCGCUACUUCAAAAGUCACCGUCACUAGAGGUCUAACGGACCAGACUGAAAUGGAUACGAUCGGGCCAAAUGGGAUCAAGGUUCAACGUGACAUUAAGCAAGAGUUUCACCGCGAAGAUUCAGAUAAAUUAUCAGAUAAAAUGUUCAGUUAG